AUGAAGAGCAGAGGAGGAAAGCGCCCUGAGGCCUUGGCCUUUUGGCCUUCCAUUAUGAUGAAGAAAUGGUUGAAUAUAAAGCCUAAGGUCUAUGAUUUUAGUGCAGAUGAGAUUGAGACCGAAACUGAAACUGAAAGCGAAGAAGAAGUUUGCUCUCCUAAAGAUGCAAGAACCCGCAUGCGUGGGGAUCAUGGCCUUAGGACAGAGGGGAGCCAACCAAGUUUCUCAACUCAACUUCCAGAUCCGCCUUCGUUUGGCUAUCAGUUAAGACAUAGGAGAGGAAAGUCAGAAACUACGCGUGCUCAGUACAUAAAAACAAAGGAUGUGAGGGUGACAAUAGGCACUUGGAAUGUUGCUGGAACAGUUCCAGAUGAAGACCUUGAUAUUGAUGAUUGGAUUUCUUCAGAAGAGCCAUCAGACAUUUACAUUCUCGGUUUUCAAGAGGUUGUCCCUUUGAAUGCUGGGAAUGUAUUUGGAGCAGAGGAUAACAAACCAAUACCAAAGUGGGAGGCAAUCAUUCGAAGAACUCUGAACAAAUCAUUGGAACCUGAAAGCAAACAUAAAUGCUACAGUGCUCCACCUUCACCGGUACAAAGGACUUCUUCUGUUGCUGAUGUACUUGCAGAUGAGAUUGAUGAUCUUCCACUAGGGUUGCUGUGCCAGGAAUAUGUUGGAGCUGCUAAUGGUUGUGAAUUAGAACAAGUUGCAUUGACUAAAGCACUAAGUAUGGGAAAGAAUUUACAGUGGCAGAGAAUUUAUGGCAUUGAUUGCGAUAGUAGACUAGAUUGGCCUGAACGGUCCUUAGAUGCUACCCCACAAGUUGUCUUCUCAAAUUCCAAAUUGCGGCGGGUCAUGAGUACAUCUGCAAGCAUUGGUUUUAAUUUGCAUAAUCCUCUAAUAUUCGGUCCUCAAAAUUUAUCACUAAAAGGUAGUGGAUUGAAAAGAUCACACCAUAGCUUUGGGAGUCUGGGAUCAGUGUUGACAAAGCAGAAAGAGAUGCCGGACUUUCUUGACUCUCUUGCUGCUAUGUCCGACAGGUUUUCAGAAGAGGAAGAGGACACCUUCAAUGAAUUACCAACCGAACAACCUCAUAAUGAAGUGAUCAUAGACGGUGUAAAGUUUCAUCCUACAUACGUGCGAAUUGUCAGCAAGCAAAUGGUGGGGAUAUAUAUAUCCAUCUGGGUGCGUAAGAAGUUGAGGAGACACAUUAAUAACUUGAAAGUAUCUCCAGUUGGAGUUGGUCUAAUGGGCUAUAUGGGAAACAAGGGAUCAGUUUCUGUAAGCAUGUCCCUUUUCCAAUCACGAAUGUGCUUUGUAUGCUCUCAUCUGACCUCUGGUCAGAAGGAGGGGGCUGAACAGAGGCGGAACUCAGAUGUGUAUGAAAUUAUACGGCGUACCUGUUUCUCAUCUGUUUUCGAUACAGAUCAACCACAGACAAUUCCAUCCCAUGAUCAAAUUUUCUGGUUUGGGGAUUUGAAUUACCGCCUCAAUAUGUUAGACACGGAUGUAAGGAAGCUUGUUGCUCUGAAACAGUGGGAUGAACUUCUCAACAAUGAUCAGCUAAGCAAAGAACUCCGGAGAGGGCAUGUAUUUGAGGGUUGGAAAGAGGGGCGGAUACAUUUUCCACCUACCUACAAAUAUGAAAUGAACUCCGAUAGAUAUGUUGGCGAGAAUCCAAAAGAAGGAGAGAAGAAGAGAUCACCAGCAUGGUGUGAUCGUAUACUGUGGCUAGGAACAGGCAUCACACAACUAUCUUAUAAGCGGGCAGAACUGAGGCUUUCAGAUCAUCGACCGGUUAGUUCAGACUUUGUGGUUGAAGUUGAAGUCCUAGAUCAUCAGAAGCUACAAAGAGCUCUCAAUUACACUAGUGCAGCAAUACAUCCUGACAUUUUUUUGGAUGAAGAUGAGGAUUUUGAAUAUUAAGUAGCAGAGACAAGGGAAUUGCAGACUCUUCGACAAUGUUGAAACGUUGGUUGGUAUCUUUUUUGACAAACGGGGAAUCAAUCAUUCAAGAUGCUGCUCCCAAACACUAUUUACUGCCAUAGCAAUGUGGUCGGCAACAGCUAGCUAGGAUAACAACAAACUUUAGAUAUUAUACGAGUCAGGUAGUACUGUAUAGAUGGAAUAAAGAGAAAGGAAAAAAAAAAGAGCAUCUUCUUUUACCUCUAACUUGAACUGUUGUAACUUUGACUCCCUUGGCUUUGUCGUAUGUAUAUGUAUAGUUAGAAUUCUUGGGUUGUGCCUGUUAGGCUGUGACUCUCUGGGGAGUCUAAAAAGGGCUCAUAUACAUAACAGUUGAAUAGCACAUUGAUGUGAUUAACAGAACUUUAAAGUUCCAGAGUAUCUUCCACUUUAAAUGUGAAAUCUUCUGUUGGAUUUGUGGACGAAGUAAAAUAUAAUUGUUUCGA